CAGCUUGUCUCCGAGCAGCCAGAGCCCGACGCUGCUGAGCCCCUGCAGCCCCUGCAGCCCCUGCAGCCCCUUACUAACCCUGCACCCCUGGAGGUAAGACCCCACCCCCAAACCCUCCCCAGGCACCGCAGCCACUGGCUCUGGGUCAAGAGGGACCGAGCAGGGAAAGGGGAGAGGUGGAGAUGCAGGCAGCAAGGUGGGUCCUCCCCAGCAUGGAGGCCCCAGGGGGCCCCAAAAGCAGCACUGUCUUCUGCGUGGCACAUAGGGCAACGUGGCCGGGGUCUCUCCAGCCCUGUGUGCCCCAAAAGCAGCCUGGCUGUGCUGGUGAGCUACCAGCUGGUCCAUUUUGGGGAGCCCUGAUGGGAACGUUAUCGCCAUAGCUUGAGCUCAGGCCCUGAGCAUCCUCGUUUCGGGGGGGGGGAUCACCUCAGAAUCAGGGCAGGUUAUCGUGGUGGGAGCAGGGAUGGUGCCUUCCUCUUACCCAUCAACCUCCCUCGUCACCUCUUCUGCUUUGCCAGUGGCCCCCACCCAAAAUGCCGUGAACCCCUUGGGGUACCCCGCCGGGUGCUGCCGUCACGGAGGCGGGUGGCCAGACCCUGCAGCACGUGCCGGCUGCACUCUGCCCUGGGGACAAGGUGCAGUGGGUGCACUGGCACCCGGCGGUCACACCCCGGCCCCGUGCCCCGCAGCGCCUGUGGGGCAGAGCUGUGGCUUGCCUGGCACCCAUGGGUGACAACAUGUGCCUCCGUCGUCUGCCGGGGGGAGCGGCUGGCACUGGGCGAGAAGGAAGCGGCGGGGAGCUCUGCCGCUGCUCAGCAACCGGCAGAGCCAUUUGUUGCGGGCAGGCAGGAGCCAGGGCGCUGCCUGCACCCUGCCUGCACACGGGAGUCCCUGCCUGCUGUGCUCCCUCCAUGAGCCCUGACUGGCCACCCCUUACCCGCAAUGACUGUGGCACGUGGGAAAACAAGCGUGGCCACGCAAUUGCUCAGCUGAGGCCUUGGGGAGGGCGUUUUUGGGAUGCUCGGGAUGGGGACGAGGAUGACAACAGGCAGUCUGGCAGCACCCCUGGGUGUCUCCAUGUGCUGGUGUCUCAUGGCUGCUGGGCUGGAGGUAAGGGGAAGCAGCGCUGCCCAUCCCGGUGCUGCCCUUUCACCAUGCUGAAACCCUGCCCAAAUCCACCAGCAUAGGGAUUUCUGGCCGUGGCAUUUGCCGGCUGCCACCCGGCGAGCAUGGCGAUGCCAUGCCAUGUGGCUCAGGAGGCUCCGUGGGCCCCAGCGUGCUGCCGCAUGGUGUUUUGUCACCGUCACUAAGGAGGAUGGAUGUCACUGGGUCUUUGCUCGGGAUCUCCCCGAUUAAAUGUGAAAGCCGGCGUGGGAGGGAGGUUGCGGGGCAGUGGGGCGCUUGCCGGGGCGCUGCCGGAAGGUUGCCCUCCGAGCACGGUGUCCCGUGGGUGGCAGGGUGCCAUCAGGGUCUCCCCGAGGGAGACCCAGGCUUUGUGGCCACCGCAGCUGACUUUUGGGAAGGAUUUGUGCCCCUCCAGUGCACAAGUGAUGGAUGCUGCAUCUCCAUGGUAACUGUGAGCCCAUUUUGGGGUGCUGUCCCAUCUCUAAGGUAACUCUGACCCCAUUUUGGGGUGCUACACCAUCUCUACGGUAACCCUGACCCCAUUUUGGGGUGAUGCCCCAACUCUAUGCUAACCCCAAUCCCCCAUAUUGGGGUGCUGCCCCAUCUCCAUAGUAACCCUGACCCUACUUUGGGGUGCUGCCCCAUCUCCAUAGUAACCCUGACCCCACUUUGGGGUGCUGCUCUGUCUCUAUGGCAACCCGGACCUCAUUUUGGGGUGCUGCCCCAUCUCUACGGUAACCCUGACCCCAUUUUGGGGUGCUGCCCCAUCUCCAUGGUAAACAUGGCCCUAUUUUGGGGUGCUGCCCCGCCCCUAUGCUAACUCCAAGCCCCCAUACUGGGGUGCAGCCCCAUCUCUAUGGCAACCCUGACCUCAUUUUGGGGUGAUGCCCCAUCUCCAUGGUAGCCCUGACCCCACUUUUGGGGUGCUGCCCCAUCUCCGUGGCAAACCUGGUCCCUAUUUUGGGGCACAGGCCCAUCUCUACGAUAACCCCGACCCCAUAUCGGGGCGCUGCCCGGUUUCUAUGGUAACCCCGUAUGUCCCCCCCCCUCCUUUUGGGGGUGCUUCCCCCGUUCCCAUGGUAACCCCGGCGCCGCCGGGCGGGAAGGGGCGGGCGGCGGCGGGAGGCGGCGGCGGCGGGAGCCCGGCCCCGGUCUCGGUGCCAGCCCCCGGCGCGGUCCCGGCCCCGCGCGUCCCCGGUGGCGCCGCUCGGCCGUGCCGGUGGAUGCGGCCGGGCCCCGGCGGGGCCGAGCCGCCCGCGAUGUCGGACCCGAGCUGCUGGGGAGCCGCCCCGGCCGGUUACCGGGGCCAGCAGGCCGCCGGCGCCCUCCUCCAGCGCUCCAAGAGUUGCCGAAGCAGCAAUAGGAAGAGCUUAGUGGUGGGCACCCCCUCUCCGACCCUCUCGCGGCCUCUCUCCCCUCUCUCCGUGCCGACAGCUGGGAGCAGCCCCUUGGACAGCCCACGCAACUUCUCCGCCAGCACCUCCAUCAACUUCCCCUUCGCUCGCAGCCAUGCUCCUCGGACUGACAGGGCUGAUGGCAGAAGGUGGUCACUGGCUUCGCUACCCUCCUCUGGCUAUGGGACCAACACCCCCAGCUCCACUGUAUCGUCGUCUUCAUCCUCCCAGGAGCGCCUGCACCAGCUGCCGUACCAGCCCACCCCUGACGAGCUGCAUUUCCUUUCUAAGCAUUUCCGCAGUACGGAGAGCGUCAUGGGCGAGGAGGGGCGGCACUCGCCCUGCCUGCGCCCACGAUCCAGGAGCCUCAGCCCUGGACGGACGAGUGGAACGUUUGAUAACGAGGUUGUGAUGAUGAACCAUGUCUACAAGGAGCGGUUCCCCAAGGCCACGGCCCAAAUGGAAGAGCGUCUGCAGGACACCAUCACAAACUUCUCUCCAAGCAGCACUCUGCCACUGGCAGACGGGGUGCUGGGCUUCAUCCACCACCAGAUCAUUGAGUUGGCCCGCGACUGCCUGGCAAAGUCCCAGGGAGCUCUUAUCACCUCCCGCUACUUCAUGGAGCUGCAGGAGAAACUUGAGAAGAUGCUCCGAGAUGCUCAGGAGCGUUCGGAGAGUGAGGAGGUAAAGUUCAUCGACCAACUGGUGAGGAAGCUGCUGAUCAUUAUCUCCCGUCCUGCUCGCCUUCUGGAGUGCCUGGAGUUUGACCCAGAGGAGUUUUACCACCUUCUGGAAGCUGCAGAAGGACAUGCCAAAGUUGGCCAGGGAAUAAAGACCGAUAUUCCCCGAUACAUCAUCAGCCAGCUGGGGCUUGUCAAGGACCCACUGGAAGAAAUGGUCCAGCUGGAUCACUUUGAUAGCGGGAACACCAUCACGCCGGAGAACGAUGACACCUGUGAGAGCCAGCCUUCAGCCACCGCUCCCCGGAGGAAGCCCUGCGAAGGGGACUUUGAGACCAUCAAGCUGAUCAGCAAUGGGGCUUACGGGGCCGUGUACCUGGUGAGGCACAGGGAGACGCGGCAGCGCUUCGCCUUGAAGAAAAUCAACAAGCAGAACCUCAUCCUGAGGAACCAGAUCCAGCAGGUGUUUGUGGAGAGGGACAUCCUCACCUUCGCGGAGAACCCCUUCGUGGUCAGCAUGUUCUGCUCUUUCGAGACGAAGCGACACCUCUGCAUGGUGAUGGAGUAUGUGGAAGGGGGGGAUUGUGCCACGUUGCUGAAGAACAUGGGCCCACUGCCUGUAGACAUGGCGAAGAUGUACUUCGCCGAGACCGUUCUCGCACUCGAGUAUCUCCACAACUACGGCAUCGUCCACCGGGACCUCAAACCCGACAAUUUGCUCAUCACCUCCAUGGGCCACAUAAAGCUGACAGACUUCGGUCUGUCAAAGAUCGGCUUGAUGAACAUGACCACGAACCUCUACGAAGGGCAUAUGGAGAAGGACACUCGGGAGUUCAUGGACAAGCAGGUGUGUGGCACUCCAGAGUACAUCGCCCCAGAAGUCAUCCUCAUACAGGGCUACGGGAAGCCCGUUGACUGGUGGGCCAUGGGCAUCAUCCUCUACGAGUUCCUCGUGGGCUGCGUCCCCUUCUUCGGAGACACCCCUGAGGAGCUCUUCGGGCAGGUCAUCAGUGAUGAAAUUAUGUGGCCAGAAGGGGACGAAGCUCUUCCUGCGGAUGCCCAGGACCUGAUCACACGGUUGCUGAGACAGUGUCCCCUUGAGCGCUUGGGCACCGGGGGAGCGCAUGAGGUGAAGCACCAUUCCUUCUUCCUCCACCUGGACUGGAACGGGCUGCUGCGGCAGAAGGCCGAGUUCAUCCCCCAGCUGGAGUCAGAGGACGACACCAGCUACUUCGACACUCGCUCCGAGAGGUACCGCCACUUGGAUUCGGAGGAUGAAGAAACCAACGAUGAGGAAUCGUCCGUGGAGAUCGGGCAGUUCUCCUCCUGCUCCCAUCGCUUCAGCAAGGUGUACAGCAGCUCCGAAUUCCUGGCGGCUCACUCCAACCUCAGCCUCUCGUCCUCUGAUCGGAGUCAAGGCGAGGACAAAGAGGAGCGAUGGGACAGGCACUCGGGAGAUGAGGACAGGGGCCGGCUGGCGGGCGCAGAGCCUCGGCUCCGCUCCUGGACGUCCUGCAGCUCCACGCCAUACACCUCCCGGCACGAGCGAAGCCGCAGCCCUGCCGCGCUGCCCAGCACCUACAGCCUGGACACCAUGCCCAAGUUUGCCUUCUCCUCAGAGGAUGAAAGCCCUUGUGUGCCCUCCUCCAAGCCAGAGAGACCCAAGUUUGUGCUGGGAGACCCCGAUGCGGGGACCAGUGGUGCAGCAAAGCCGACGGCGUUAUCCGCUGAUCUCGUCAGCCUGAAUCGCAUCCGCCUCCGGAGCAACAGCACCGGCACUAAAAACUCGACUCCCCGGGGCUUGGAGCCAGGCGGGAGCCGACGGCUGAACAGCCAGAAGGACAUGCCGGAUGGGCAGAGAGCCACACGGGGUGGCCGUGUCCCCAAAUCCGCCUCAGUGUCAGCCCUGUCCCUCAUCAUCACAUCAGACGACUUCAGCGGCGGCGCACUGAUGAGCCCCAUCUCCCCCCACUCCCUCUCAUCCAACCCGUCUUCCCGUGACUCCUCCCCGAGCCGAGACUCAUCCCUCACCAUCACCAGCCUGCGGCCCCCCAUCAUCAUCCACAGCUCGGGCAAGAAGUACGGCUUCACCCUGCGAGCCAUCCGCGUCUACAUGGGGGACAGCGAUGUCUAUACUGUCCACCAUAUGGUCUGGAGUGUGGAAGAGGGGAGCCCUGCGCAGGAAGCGGGGCUGAGAGCGGGCGAUCUCAUCACACAUGUGAACGGCGAGUCAGUGCUGGGUUUAGUUCACCGGGACGUCGUGGAGCUGCUGCUGAAGAGCGGGAAUAAAGUGGCCCUGCGGACCACUGCCCUGGAGAACACCUCCAUUAAAAUCGGCCCCGCUCGGAAAAACAGUUCCAAGACGAGAAUGGCACGGAGGAAUAAAAAGAGCAGGAAAAGGGACAGCCAGGACAGGAGAAAAACCCUUUUCAAAAAGAUCUCCAAGCAGUCGUCAGUCCUGCAUACCAGCCGCAGCUUCUCCUCCGGGCUCCAUCACUCGUUGUCCUCCAGCGAGAGCCUCCCGGAGUCCCCCACGCACAGCCUGUCCCCGGGGCCCCCGACGCCCUGCCGCAGCCCUGCUCCCGACCUGCCCCCAGAUGCUGUGUCCCCGCAGAGCACCUCUCCCUCUUCCAGCACCCCAACGUCACCCGCCGGCCACGUGCGCCCCAGCUCCCUGCACGGGCUGGCACCCAAACUGGGUGGGCAACGCUACAAAGUGGGACGUCGCAAAUCUACCAGCAGCAUCCCCCCCUCACCCCUCGCCUGCACCCCUUCCUCUGCUCAGCGCCCACCUUCUCCCCAACGCUCCCCAUCUCCGCUCCCAGGGUACCCCAAAACCCCCCAUUCCUUCCAGGGCAAGACCCUAUCCCCCCCUACCAUCGUCCGGCAGAGCUCACGACCCCGCAGCGCCGACUGUCCCCGCUCCCCGCUCCUCAAACGUGUUCAGUCGGCCGAGAAGAUCGUCACCAUCCUGGCAGAGAAGAAAACCAGUGGCGGCCGCAAGCUGGGGCUGGAGAUGCCUGCGAUGGAUGGUGAGGCCGUCGGGGAUGGCGAAGCACCAGUCUACCCCGGGGAGCAUGGUUAUCACCCCACUGGCUGCCGGCUGGGGGACAGGCACGACCGGGACCAGGAGAUGGUGGUCAUGCGGCGCUUGAACCUCUCUGAGCGUCGGGACUCCUUCAAGAAGCAAGAAGCAGUUCAAGAAGUGAGUUUCGAUGAGCCAGAGCCAGCGCCGGCAAACGAAGACGGCAGCAAAAGCGAAGCCAGGCAGGGCGCAGCUCUCUGGUGCGGCAGCACGGCUGGCACAGAGCCAAAGCCGAAGCCCAGCCCGGUCCCGCAAAUUGCGGUGCAGGGCUCCGAGAGCGAUGAGCAGGAGCCAGCGGCGGCCGAGUGGGAAUGCCAGGGCUCCUACCCCAUCAGCAACACCGAGCGGCCGGAUGGCGGCGUCUCCUCGCUGCACUGGGAUGGAUGCAAGCAUCAGGACCGUGGCUCCCGGCAGCACCGGAACUGCGGGGAGAGAGCAACUGGUCACCGGCAACUACCGCGGGUGCCGCCGGCACUGCCGGCACGGGGCCAGGAGCCAGCGGGGGCUCAGCUCCCAGCACCCCGGGGCAGCACGUGGAGUGGGGCCAAGCACGCCUGAGCCCCACGCUGCACUUGGGGAUGGUUCUGGCUCCCCGUGGCAUCCCACCACCUCCCUGAAAAAACCCAUCCUGCGUGGCGUAUCCAUGAGAUAAACAUCCCCGGAGCCGUUCUGGACAUGGGCGCUGGCUGGGCUGGCUGCGCCCCGGCACUUCGCCUCCCCUGAAGGCCUUUUGUACUCCCCGAAAGAUGCUCAUAUUUUUAUAGAGAUGUGGGAGCUUUUCCGGCGGCAGUGUUUGCCCAGCAGCGCCCCAAUCUUUGUGUAUAGGAGGGACUUGAUGCAAAUAUUCGUUAAUUAAUUUAUUACUUUUAUAAGCUAAAUGGGCGGUGCAGGACCGUCGCAGGGUCCGACACGGCCCUGGGGGGUCCCAGGAUUUUCUGUGCGACUCCCAGCUCCCAGCUGGAUGACACGAUGUUUUCUAACCUUGCAAAGACCCACUUGCUUUUUCCUCACUUUUAAACUUCAGUUUUAGCUGGAAACACCCCAAAUCUCCUAAGAAAUCCCUGUCAGGGGGGUAAUUGUAAUAUUAAAAAAAAAAAAAACCAAAACCCCAAACCCACAUCAACAUCUCCCAUAUGCUGGCGGUCCGAGCUGGGAUGCACGUGGGUGAUUUUAUGUGCAUAUGGUUCAUCAUAUAACGAUGCGUAUCGUUCAUUUUAUAAGCGUAUAGUGGAUGUAAAGGUUUUAAUUUUUUUAUUUGGAGCCUUUUGGAGCCACUCGGCCCCAUUGGCCCUUCCACGUGGGAAAAGCAGAGACCUCCCCAUGGGGUCAGCAAUCAGAUGGGAAUACUAACGGGAUUUUUAGGGUCAGUUUUUGCUCUUUGCAUUUAUUCUACCACCACAUCCCACGGUGUUCAUUGGUCGGUACAUGCAGACGUCUGUAAAAAGCCAGUAUCCCUAGAAGCGCCUGUGCUGCUGCUUCAUUCGUAAUUUGGAAAUUUCACCCCCCUGUCGCUUUUAAUCUAACAAACUAUGGCUCAACAUGUCAUUUCCCCCCCAUUUCUACUGUUUUCUAUGAUAUAAAUGUUUCCAUUUGAUAAUGCAUGUACUGGCUUUUCCACCCGCCGCGGUUUGCCGCCCCGGUGCUUUGAGCACCGUGCCAGCGAUGGGGGGCCCGUCACUGGUGUGAUGAACCCCCUGCCGUCAGGCAUCGCUGUGCCCACCGGUGAGUGCGUCUCCUACCCCGAAGCAGCCGGUGGAUUCUUUUUUGGCUGCGUGUUGGAUUAUUUUGUGCACGUGCGGUUUGUGCCAGGCUCCGUAUCCUGCUUCUCCCCCCGUUAAACCAGUAACGUUUAACCCCCCCAAAAUGAGCAGCCGGAGCUGCUCGGCGUUUCCUUUGCUUCUUCCUCCGCCGUCUGUAUUAAGGUCUCAGGAAGGCAGCGGGGUUUGGGGGAGACACCAGGCACCCCGUGCCCACCAGCACCGUGGGAAUUGGGGUUCAGCCACACACCGGUGACACAGAUAUGGCGGGAAAAGGAUUUUUUAAUGGGAAAUGUCUUAAAAGCCAAGGGGACCGUGUCUUCCUGCUCAGCGGCUGGCUCUGUUCUUGCCUUUGGGAAGUUUUAUGUUGUAUUAAAAUUGUUCCUUGCAAUGA